AUGGCCACGGUCUCCAGUAGGUGGGACCCGGAGGUUCCCGUCACCCCCGACAACAAUCAGCCAGGUGAAGUCCUUUCUCUGGAGCAAAUCCAGAACCAGCUGGACCACCUGAAAAGAGUGAAAGACCUGAAGAAGCGGCGUCGGGCACAAGGGGAGCAGGCACGGGCCGAACUGCUGAGCCUGACCCAGAUGGAGAGGGAGAAGAUCGUCUGGGAGUUCGAGCAGCUCUAUCACUCCUUGAAGGAGCAUGAGUACCGCCUCCUGGCGCGCCUCGAGGAGCUGGACCUGGCCAUCUACAACAGCAUCAAUGGCGCCAUCACCCAGUUCUCCUGCAACAUCUCCCACCUCAGCAGCCUGAUCGCCCAGCUGGAGGAGAAGCAACAGCAGCCCACCAGGGAGCUCCUGCAGGACAUCGGGGACACGUUGAGCAGAGCUGAAAGGAUUAGAAUCCCUGAACCUUGGAUCACACCUCCAGAUCUGCAGGAGAAAAUCCACAUUUUUGCCCAAAAAUGCCUGUUCCUGACGGAGAGCCUGAAGCAGUUCACAGAAAAAAUGCAGUCGGAUAUGGAGAAAAUCCAAGAGUUGAGAGAGGCUCAGCUAUACUCAGUGGACGUGACCCUGGACCCAGACACGGCCUACCCCAGCCUGAUCCUCUCCGACAACCUGCGGCAAGUUCGAUACAGUUAUCUCCAGCAGGACCUGCCCGACAACCCCGAGCGCUUCAAUCUGUUCCCCUGUGUCCUGGGCUCGCCGUGCUUCAUCGCCGGGAGACAUUACUGGGAGGUCGAGGUGGGGGACAAAGCCAAGUGGACCAUAGGCGUCUGUGAAGACUCGGUGUGCAGGAAAGGUGGCGUGACCUCGGCCCCCCAGAACGGAUUCUGGGCCGUGUCCCUGUGGUACGGGAAGGAGUACUGGGCGCUCACCUCCCCGAUGACGGCCCUCCCCCUGCGGACCCCUCUCCAGCGGGUGGGGAUUUUCUUGGACUACGAUGCAGGCGAGGUCUCCUUCUACAACGUGACAGAGAGGUGCCACACCUUUACCUUCUCCCACGCCACCUUCUGCGGGCCCGUGCGGCCCUACUUCAGCCUGAGCUACUCGGGAGGGAAGAGCGCAGCGCCGCUCAUCAUCUGUCCCAUGAGUGGCAUCGAUGGCUUUUCCGGCCACGUUGGGAAUCACGGCCACUCCAUGGAGACCUCCCCUUGAGGAGCUGCACUCGGGCCCAGGGCUGUCGGCCGUCGUCCUGCCCCAGGCGUAGGGCGCUGGUGCUCGCCGCUUCCAGUCCGUGGCUGCCGGGUGGCCCCGCCGCCUCCUCCCCCUCCCACUGCAGAUUGUGAGAUGGAAUGAAACUGCCAAGAGGCCCGGCGGGCCACCGCCAGCGUUUGCGCGGCUUGGUCACACAUUCCUGGAGGGACCGCGAGUCCCGAUGGCCUUUGGAUGUGGAGGCCGAACCAGGGCCCGCGUCUUGACUCAGCGGGGCGCCUCCGGCUAGGCCCCGUGACCCCGCUGCGCCACUUCCGGAAGAGGGCUCCUGUCCACAGCUGAGAGGAGCUGCGGCCUCUGCUGCGUGGCUCCCUUUCUCCCGGCUCCUCACCGGCCGUAGUUUUCUGGAUUCCAUUCAAGAGGCCUGUGUGUGUUGGCUAGUUGCAGUGUUCACAAGGAUGGUGGGAAACGACCUCAUCUCCGCCGUGAGAGGAUGUGCGGAUCAGUGUGCUCUCUGCCUCAGCCCUCUCCCGAGGGCUGUCUGCUCACCUCGUUCUCAAGAAAGGUGUGUCCAGGUGCUGGAUGCAGGUCACCACGCUCACUCCCCCCACAGUCCACUGCGCCGAGCUCCUCUCCCCCUCACCUCCGCGGACUGACGGUCAGUCACGCCUCCCCCCGGAAGGGUCCUGGACUGUGUUCCAGGGGUUCACUGACUUUUUGCCUCCUUUUCUCUGCCUCCUCUGGGGGGUGGAGGAACUGACCCUCGCGCGUACACCAUCCAGGGGCGGCACACCCCCGUGGCCUUCGGGGCCCCGGUAUUCAGGGGUGAAGACUAAGGCAGGUCACUUGGAGCCAGCCCCCGUGAUGGUUCUUCGUCCCGUUUCUCUUUGGGUACAUGCCCCUCUGUUUGAAAAUAAAGUGAAUAUGGAUGUUGUUA